UACAUGUUCUUUUGGCUGCAGCCAUGAAUCUCACAGCUCCUCUGCUGUUGCUGCUUCUCACUGCUUGUGCGGCCAGCGGCGCCCUGCUGCCCAAGGCCUUGUGGCAGUUUGGGAGGAUGAUCUCCUGCCCUCAGCCUGGGGUCAACCCUUUAAAGUACAAUGAUUACGGCUGCUGGUGCGGCUUCGGGGGGACGGGAAGCCCGGUGGACGAAUCGGACGUGUGCUGCAAAGUUCAUGAUGAUUGCUAUAAAGCGAGCAGAACGGCUCCCGGAUGCACGGCUGUCCUUGACCUUCCCUAUGUUCUUGUUUAUGAUUACACCUGUUCAAAUCAACAAGUGACCUGCUCAGCCACCAACGAAAAGUGCCAGGCUGCCGUGUGCGAGUGCGAUCGGGUGGCGGCUCACUGCUUCGCUCAGGCCACAUACAACCCUGAAAACAAGAACCUGGAUCCCAAAGUCCACUGUGUCAACUGAGUUACACAACCCAUAAAAAAACAUACAAGAGAAUGUUGGAUUUCUAACAUAUUUCUUUUUAAAUUUUAAUUUCUUUAUAAUUUUCUACACAAAAUCGUCUGUAAAAGGAGUUUGAUUUUGUACAAAGGCAUCAGUUUGAAAUAAAAUAUGCAAGCGAGA